AUGGCGCAAGACCUCCAACCCCUAUCGCAACCCCAUUCUCCUGAGCCCCCAGAGGGUUACGAAGCUCCAAGCACCCAACUCCCGACUCCCAAUUCCUCUCCUCCAUUCUCACCAAACCCAAACUCUGCAGCAGGUAGAGCCUGGUUACUAUCCACCAUGGUUACUACCGCUGAAGAGCUUGCUCGCCACUCUAUUCCGCCAACCCCUCCAAAGCCUAUAUUCAACAAUGAUUUCUUCGAGGUCCGAUCCUCACCAAAAAAGGGACUGGGAGCGUUUGCAUCGGUGGAUAUCCCAAAGGGAACUAUCAUCAUGGCCGAGGAGCCGCUAUUUCGAACGGAAGAAAGUCAAAUCUUCUGGACCUAUGAUGCUUUGUCGGAUGAGCAAAAGCGGGCAUACAAGGGAUUAUCAUGUUGGUUCGGGAUCGAAGAUCAUAGAGUUCCGGCCAUCUUUACAACCAACCGGUUCGAAACCGGCACAGGCCUAGGCGGUAUUUUCCUAGAAUCUUCCAGGUUCAAUCAUGCUUGCCACCCGUACUCGACCUGUACCUACCGCUGGGACGAAGCAGCAAAUACGCUGACUUUUACGACCCUUAUGGAUAUAAACAAUGGGGAGGAAAUAACGAUAUCUUACACUAAUAGGCCUAAAACACUAUAUCGAAACUAUGGCUUCGAUUGCGAUUGCCCCGGUUGCUCUACCCUGGAGGAUUUUAAGGAAGGCUCGCCGCCUGGUGUGGUUAUUUCAAGAUUUGAAGAUACGCAAGUGAUGGUGCGCACGGGUUGA